UGGACCAAAUCCUGCCAAUCGAUAUUCCACCACGUCCCGUAUCCGAUCUCGUGACGUUAUCACCACGAUGGAAACAGAUUCUCCUCCAUCUGAAAGCAUAGAUGAGCUUCGACAAAGACUCAACAACAUGAAAAAAUUGAUGGCGGAUCGUCAAGCUGCCCAAUAUGAAACUGAAGAGAGAAGAAGACCAAAUUCAAGCAUAAUCGAUGGAAGUUUCUUAUCAGUGGUUUUUGGGAUUGCUUUGGUGGUUAUUCUCACGGUCAGUGUUUACGCCUUCUACAAUCUCUACAAUGCAAUAUUAAAGAAAUUCCCAUCCAAGCAUACGGAAUUGUAGAUUUUUGACAAACAACGUCUUUUAAGAUCUUAUUAGAAUUUUCAAGGUGAAGACUUUUAAAACAAUUAUAAUGUACUUAAUAUGAAAACCUAUGCAAUAUCACGUUUCAGGCGGGCCUUGUAUACCGACUGUAUAGAUUUUACACUAUCAUCGUAUUUUAAUAAAACAUACAUUCUUUAUUAAUGCA